GUGGUUCCUCAGCAACCUCAGUCACCACGAGGGCCCAGACUUCUCUGUUUACAAGCGGUCCAUCUGUCUGAUCUUCUCUCCCACUUCAGACCCCACUUUGACUUUGGGGAGGGGCAGUUGUUCAGAUGGGAGGUGGAUGGAGAGAGAGAGAAGAGCGACAGCAAAGAGGCCUGUGUGAUUUUCCUGCUCCCUGCUCACCCUUGGCCGGGGCUUGCAGUGGACUCACAGCAGCCUCGACGCUGGGCUGCAUGUACCGCCCUUGCGUGUCCAUCCUUCCAGUGACUUUGCCGACAGGAGUUCCUGAUGUGGGGACAUGGUCUGGCUGAACCUCAGCCGGCCGAUCGAGGAGCAGGGCCCCCUGGACGUCAUCAUCCACAAGCUGACCGAUGUCAUCCUGGAAGCCGACCAGAACGACAGCCAGUCCCUGGAGCUGGUGCACAGGUUCCAGGAAUACAUCGACGCCCACCCUGAGACCAUUGUCCUGGACCCCCUUCCCGCCAUCAGGACCCUGCUGGACCGUUCCAAGUCCUACGAGCUCAUCCGGAAGAUCGAAGCCUACAUGAAAGAUGACAGGAUCUGCUCACCGCCCUUCAUGGAGCUCACGAGCCUCUGUGGGGAUGACACCAUGAGGCUCCUGGAGGAGAACGGCCUGGCGUUCCCAUUCAUUUGCAAAACCAGAGUGGCUCAUGGCACCAACUCGCACGAGAUGGCCAUCGUGUUCAACCAGGAGGGCCUGAGUGCCAUCCAGCCGCCCUGCGUGGUCCAGAAUUUCAUCAACCACAACGCUGUCCUGUACAAGGUAUUUGUGGUCGGCGAGUCCUACACUGUGGUCCAGAGGCCCUCGCUGAAGAACUUCUCUGCGGGCACAUCAGACCGUGAGUCCAUCUUCUUCAACAGCCACAACGUGUCGAAGCCAGAGUCAUCAUCCGUCCUGACCGAGCUGGACAAGAUCGAGGGCGUGUUCGAGCGGCCAAGCGACGAGGUCAUCCGGGAGCUCUCGAGGGCCCUGCGGCAGGCGCUGGGCGUGUCGCUGUUCGGGAUCGACAUCAUCAUCAACAACCAGACGGGCCAGCACGCGGUCAUCGACAUCAAUGCCUUCCCAGGCUACGAGGGCGUGAGCGAGUUCUUCACGGACCUCCUGAACCACAUCGCCACCGUCCUGCAGGGCCAGAGCGCAGCCACGGCAGGCGCGGGGGACGCGGCCCCGCUGAGGCACAGCAGGCUCCUGGCGGAGCAGGCGGGCAGCCUGGCGGGCGAGCGGACGUGCAGCGCCAGCCCCGGUUGCUGCAGCAGCGUGCUGCGCCAGGACCCCCCCUGGACGGCCGAGGCCGACGCGGGCGGCACCGCCAAGCUACCGCACCAGAGACUCGGCUGCACCGCCGCCGUGUCGCCCAGCUUCCAGCAGCAUUGCGUGGCCUCGCUGGCCACCAAGGCCUCCUCCCAGUAGCCAGGGAGCCCGGGACCCAGAGGGGCGGCGUGGGCCGCGGAGCACACCUGCUGGGCGAGCGGCUCCCAAUGGUGACGCUACUAAGAGUUCCCAACAAUCUGAUUCUCCUUCUUUUUUUUAAUUUUUAACCUGAUUUUCUGAUGUCACAAUCUAAAUAAGGGGGGAGAGGGGAUGGAAAAGAACUCCAAGUGGUCCAGCCUCGUGGAAAAGGGCCAUCCCGCCUGACUGCUGCCGUGCAGGUCUCGUCAGAGUCUACACUCGCUGUGUGUUCAACACUAGGUCUGAAUGUGAGGUGGGGUGCGUGUGUGCAAGUGCGUGGGCACGUCCAUGUCCACGUCUGUUCGUCUCGAUGGCUGCUGGGGACCAGGCCUCGGGCACCCUGGAGGGGGCUGCCCCCCCGGUCAGGCUGUUGGCAGCUGAACAGAGAGAGUCAGCGGUUCCCCAUGUCUGUGUUCUCUGAGCCCCCACUCCCAGCCCGGCCCCUUCUCCGUUUCCCCUCCUGCUGGUCUCCCCCGCAGCUCUGUGAGGAGCAGGCCUAAACCCGCACCAGAGGUGCCUCGGGCCCCUCCCGAAAGUGUGAGCCAGAGGGGGCGAGAGGCUGCAGCUACUGUUUCCCUGGGGGGGUCCCUGCAGGGGGACUGGGCGGUGGUCUGCCCGCUGCCUGCUCAUGGAAGGGAAGAUGGAAGCUUCCCUGGGGAGGAGCCCAGGGUUGUGGGUUGGCCACCUCUCUCUAUGUCCAGCUCCCUGGAGUCUACCAGGCCCCUCAGCAAGUGCCCCGUGCAGCCCUGCGAGGGGACUCCUUCCCUGACCAAGCGCUGCUGCUCCCUGGGCCCUGGGAGGGGGCUGCCUGGCUGGGAGCCCCCAGGCUGAUCCCGCCUGUGCCAAGGAUUUGUGCCGUGACUUUGUGCAGAUCAUUCCGAGAGUCGUCAGGCUUCCGUGUCCGCGUCUCUGACGGGCAGUCAAGACCAGAGAACUCUGAAGGGCAGGCUUGAUGCCGUCACCCCCGCGAUGCAGCCUGCUUCUCCUCGAAGUCAGCCCGGAUGAGCUCUC